AUGGAGGUCUCCGCAGUUUCCCUCUGCUCCGCCUCCGCCUCCGCCUUCGCCAUCGUCUCUCUCCCUCCUCGACCCUGUCUUCCACAGCCUCUCUCCGGACGUUUCGUAAAGAAGAGCCGUAACAAUGUCUGCCGGUUGUUCGCCCUCUCCAAAACCCUCCAACAAUCCCACGUCUCCACCUCCUCCACCUCCUCUUCUUCGGUCUCCCCUUCGCCGGUCACUGCGAAGCCUUCUUUCGACUCUCCCGCUAGACGGGCCGCGGUCGCCGAGGUCAAAGCAUCUCCCGACCCGGUUUCGGUCCUCCCCAGAGUUGAGGGAGUUUUGCAAGUUCAAGAUUACAAUAAUCUUAUACGCUAUUUUGGGGAGUCAAGAAGAUGGAAUGAAAUUUCUCAGCUUUUUGACUGGAUGCAGAGGCAUGGGAAGCUCAACUUUGCAUCAUAUAGCAGUUUUAUCAAAUAUAUGGGUAUAAGUCGCAGUCCUAUCAAAGCGCUAAAAGUCUAUGAUAGUAUUCCAGAUAAAUCGAUGAAAAUUAAUGUCUCUGUUUGUAACUCUAUUCUUGGUUGUAUGGUGACGAAUGGAAGAUUCGAGAGCAGUAUGAGGUUGUUUGAGCAAAUGAAAGAUGAUGGUCUAUUACCGGAUUUGGUCACUUAUAGUACCCUUUUAUCAGGUUGGAUUAAAGUGAAGAAUGGUUACUCUAAGGCAAUGCAAUUGGUCCAGGAGCUUCGGAGUAAAGGUUUGCACAUGGACAGUGUCAUAUAUGGCUCUCUUCUGGCUAUUUGUGCUUCAAACAAUUUAUGUGAAGAAGCAGAGAUGUAUUUUCAGCAGAUGAAAAAUGAAGGCCAUCCUCCUAAUGUAUUUCAUUACAAUUCUUUGCUCAAUGCAUACUCAGUUGAUGGGAAUUAUAUGAAGGCUGAGAAAUUGGUGAAUGAUAUGAAAUCUUCUGGAUUAGUGCCCAAUAAGGUUAUUAUGACUACCUUUUUGAAGGUCUAUGCUAGAGGUCAUCUAUUUGAGAAAUCAGAGGAACUCUUAUCUGAGUUAGAGGCUUUGGGAUAUGCUGAGGAUGAGAUGCCAUAUUGCAUAAUCAUGGACAAUCUUGCCAAGGCAGGACAUUUAUCUGAAGCAAAGAGAAUAUUUGCCCGGAUGAAGGAAAGAGAUGUAAAAUCUGAUGGGUAUUCCUAUAGCAUCAUGAUUUCAGCAUUAUGUCGAAGUGGUUUAUUAAAGGAAGCAAAACAACUUGCAAAGGAUUUUGAAGCAAAGUAUGAUAGAUAUGAUUUGGUAAUGCUUAAUACACUGUUAAGGGCUUACUGCAAUGCAGGAGAUAUGGAAAGUGUAAUGCAGAUGUUGAAAAAAUUGGAUGAAUUGUCAAUAUCUCCAGAUUGGAACACAUUUCACAUCCUCAUUAAGUAUUUUUGUAGAGAAAAGUUGUAUCACCUCGCAUACCGAACUACUGAAGACAUGUAUGGUAAAGGCCAUCAACUAAAUGAGGAGCUUUGUUCUUCCCUAAUUUUACAAUUAGGACAAUCAGGCUUUCCAUCAGAGGCAUUUUCUAUUUAUAACAUGUUAAGAUACAGUAAGAGAACAUUGUGUAAGUCUCUUCAUGAGAGAAUAGUUGACAUCUUAGUGGCAGCAGGGCUUCUGAAAGAUGCCUAUAUAGUCGUGAAGGAUAAUACACCACUAUUAUCCGAGAAAUGCUUGGAGAGAUUUGCUAUUUCAUUUAUGAAAUCUGGCAAUAUAAACUUGAUAAAUGAUGUUCUGAAAGCACUUCAUCUUUCAAGCUACCAAAUCGGUCCGGAUAUAUUUCACAUAGCUGUGUCGCGUUUUAUUGCAAAACCUGGAAAGAAGGAUCUGCUUUUGCAAUUGCUUCAAUGGAUGUCAGGUCAUGGUUACUGUGUAGACUCAUCAUCAAGAAACCUGCUCCUCAAGAAUGCACAUAUAUUUGGUCAUAAGCAGAUCAUAACGGAAAUAUUAUCGAAGCAAUACAUGAUGUCAAGGAAACCAGGAAGCCGGAAUGCGAAGAAGUAAUCCUGGAGGAGUUUGUCAUUUGUUGAUCAACUGCUAGUGCUUUAUCCACGGGAAGAAUACAGCUGGGGAAUGCCUUGGUGAAAGAUAGAUGUGGGUAAAGUUCUCCCGAACGCAUUACUAGUUGAAAAGUGGGAUGCGCUUGCUCUUCUGCCGGUCGCACUCUGAAAACUCCAGCAGACACUGAUUGCCUCCUCAAUUUGAUGCACUUUUAACAGGCUGCUGCGGAAUGAAGCAUAUCCAAUUUUACAUCGAAGAAACCGAUGAACAUCGAUAUGCUUGCAGAUCAUUGUGCUGCUUGCUUGGCUGAAAAAGAAUGACAGCCUCUUGCUUCCUCUUUGUGCUCCUCCAAGUGUAAAUCUAGCUAGCUGUCUGUAUUGUUCUUAAUUUUCAAGGCCAGAUGUACUCCCCUCAGUCAAGGUUUAAAUUAUUAUUUUAUAAAUAUUGUAAACUUAUCUGAAUUUUUAUGAAAAAUACUUGUUUAAAUGUAUCCUUCCA